AUGUCCACUACAUGUGAGAAAGGAGUUAAUCAGACACAAGCAGAUGAAGGAAGACGAGAUAGCAGGAUGAAUGCCAAAGAUUGCAUAACCAUGACUCAGUUUCUCAAACAGCAGAAACCUUUAAGGGAUAUGGUGAAUUCUGCUGAAUGGAGUGAGUCUAAAUGGCCCAAAGAAGCUGGAGCAAGAAAAGUUAGACAGUAUCUUAUGCAAGCGAGUUUUUGGAAUAAUAUUCGACGUGCUCUGAAGCUUAUGACUCCUCUUGUCAAAGUACUUAGGAUGGUUGAUGGAGAGAAAAAUGGAGAGAAAAAACCAGCUAUGGGAUACAUUUAUGCAGCCAUGGACAGUGCAAAAGAGACAAUCGCAAGGGAUUUAAACUGGAAUAAAGAGAAGUACGAAAAAGCCUUUGAGAUCAUUGACAAAAGGUGGCAGUGUCAGCUUCACCAUCCUUUGCAUGCUGCUGGGUAUUUCCUAAACCCUUCAAUCCAUUACAAAUAUCACGAUGAUGUACAUUGCGCCGAAGUGGAAGGGGGCUUGUUGGUUCCAGAUACAAAGACUCAAGACAAGAUAAUGACAGAGUUGGAUGCUUUCAAGGAUGCUACUGGUAUCUUCGGCCACGACAUGGCCAUUAGGCAAAAAGAUAUCAAAGCACCAGGUAACACAAAUUUGAAUUACUUUUAG